UGGAGUCUGUUGCUGGCAGGAAACCGAGUGUCGUUGAAAUAACCGAGUUAACUCAGAAAGCCAUCGACAGAUACAAGGCUUUGCCCAAACCUGCACAAGAUGAGCUCAAAAAGCAGUUCCCUGCUUUGGUUCACGGAUUCACAAGCAAGAAAUUCCAUAAGAUGGUGGCGAGAAUGUUGAUCAACAACUAG